AUGCCGUGGGUGGACUCCCAAAUCGCUCCAAAGAACGACCAAUAUGAUCUGACAUGCUCGCGCCUGGUCAUUGCGAAGGAGCAGCUUGCCAAGUUGGAGGCGCCUGGUCAUGGGAACCGAGGUGACCUGUUGGACCUGAUGAGCGAAGGAGACAUCUACUUCCUAGACUAUGGUGAGCAGGGUCCCAUCUAUCACGCGAUCUAUGGUUUUCGGCCUCUGACUGCCAUCAGGUACCAAGAGCUGAUGACUGAGGCUCGAGAGUACGAUGACUGUGGCUACAUGCGUGGGGAUGUGGUGGUAGACAUUGGGGAGACCAUGCCUCAAGGAUCUUUGACUUUGGGCACCAACAAGGCUUUGAUUCAAAAAGACUCUGGAGUUAUUUGUGCCAAGUUGAUAGCUCGUUCCAAGAUUCACACUAUGGAGGUCCAAGAUCUGCGUGUUCUCCCUCUUACCCUAGAUGAACAGAAAUCAAGAAAGAUUGACUUCUCCAAAGCAGUAGGAAAGAUGAAGCAGGUCGACAUGCCUGGAGGAGGUCUUCAGCUGGAUGGCCCCCCCUCAUCCUUAUCAGUGCUGCGAGGAAUGGUGUCCCGAGGACUGACACCAGUGACAGAUCACGAGCACUGGGUGAGGACUCACGAUGCCUUGAAGGGGGAUAGAUCUAUCUAUGAGAUGGAGGUCAUCACAAGGGCUAUAGAGGCUUUUUGCAUGGUUGACCAAGUCAAUGUUCCAAACCUCAAAGGAUGUGAGCUCCUGCUGCGGCGAUGGCAGUUGAUCCGCGAGGCUCACCGGCUGAGCCCUGGGUCUCCAGAUUACUCCAGCGCCAUCUUUAUGGGGUGGGAAUACAGAAGAGGAGAAGGGGUCAAUCCAGCCUUGGCAAAGUUCGUUGCUGGGGAGCUCAGGGAUCAGGCGGCCGAGGACAACCGGCCGCGUCGGACAAGUAGAAUCUUGGCCGUGUCCAGUGCCUUGCACCGAGCACUGGAGGAUUUUGAGGAGAAAUGGCGAGAUCUUCUACCCCUGCCAUUGUUGCAACCAGAUGCAUGGGAGGAAGACUUCAAGUUUCCUGAUAGGGGGUCCCUUUCGACUGGAGCCUAUCGUCGUCAGACCCGACGGAGGGAGAACGCCGUGAGUGAGCUUCUGCAUACCAAGGGAUUCUCUAACUACGUGGAGGAGAAUUCCCCUGGGACGACCGUUAGGCCAUACCAACGUGAUCUCGUCUCGUUGCCCGAGCCGGGGGCCUCCACAAUGGACGCCCUGGACUUGAUUGAUGAGUUCGGGAAGGGAAUUCUUCAGGCCUAUGACACAGCGAUGCUUCGGGACUUCAAAAAUGAACUUUCCGAAGAGCAUUUAGGCCCCAGGGAUGAGAUGUACAUUGCACAGACGGAUAUCAGGGACUAUUUCUACGCUAUUGGACUGCCUGUCGACAGCUCUCGCGUGCUGGUCGAUGGCCGGCCUGCCCCUGCGCUUUCGGACGGCCCAGUGUUGGUUCCGUAUGCAGACAACCUGAAUAUCAUUGGCACCAAUGUGAGUGAAGUCCAGAAAUUGAAGAACAAGAUUGUCAAUCACCUUCAGACGUUGGGGUUUCGUAUUCAUGAAGAACAAGAUGCUUUGAACUAUGCUGAAUCUUUGGGUUUUUUCUUGGAUGGCAAACUAGGAAGAGUAUAUCCUCGUCCCAACAAACUCAAGAAGGUUCAAGUUGUUUUGGAUUGGCUGGCUACAUCUCCUAGGGUUUCGGGUAGAAUGAUCGAAAGAGCUAUAGGGCAUUGCAUUCACUUUAGCAUGCUUCGUCGAGAACUACUCAGUGUCUUUCGAGCUGUGUAUGAUUUUAAAGUCGUCCACUAUGAAGAGAGAGUCAAACUUUGGAGCACAGCAGCUACAGAAUUUGCAAUGAUGUCAGCUCUACUCGACAUUUGCUAUGCGGACCUGCGCAGACCCUGGUCGCAGGAAAUCACAGCGUCAGAUGCGAGUCUCUCCGGCACCGGAGUCUGCGGCACUUGCUGGAGCCACGACGAUGUGGCGCAGGCAGAGAACAAGAAACGCCCUCACGUGAGAAACACCGUGGUUGCCAUUUUGAAGGCAACCACCAAGCCGUAUGCCGGCCUCAAAAAGCCUCCAAAGCCUGCAGACAUCAGGAAAAGAAUUUCAGAUCCAACAGAGCAAGGUCGCAGAACCAAGCGGCAAAAACUGAUGUUGGAGCACGAUGCAAGACCCCGGGUGCCCACACAGACCUUUUUGGAGCAAGCAGCUGUCUCGUGCCGAACUGCGGCCGAUUACAAGUUUCGGAUGGGAAUCUUUCAAACUUUCUGUCGCCUACACAAGCUGUCCGUGCUGAAUCUGGUUCGGUUGGACAAUGCCCUUACCAUUUUCCUGCAGCAAUGCUUCAACGACGGGAUGGACUUGAACGAGGCAACCAAAUUCUUGGCAGCAGUCCUCGAUUCUCGGCCAGAGGCAGCUCCCAGACAUUGCCUGCCAAGGACAAGAAGGUCUCUACAAGGGUGGAAAAACUUGGAUCCAGGCCGGAGUCGGCCACCCAUGCCUUGGCCGGUGAUUGCCAGAAUGGUCCAAGACAUGCUGAAGAACAAUUUGGUGGUCCCAGCUAUGAUGGUCCUCACCAUGUUUGUCACCUACUGCCGACCGAUCGAAGUGAUGAAGCUUCACACCACCGAUCUGGUGUCGACCAAACAGUUAGGCAACAUGUGGUCUCUCAAUCUGAACACCUCAGAAGAGAUGGAGACAUCAAAGAUGGGAAAGCAGGACGAAACUAUGCUUCUGGACAGUCAGGAACUUCCUUGGCUGGGUCAUCAGCUUCAGCUCUACCUCAGAAAGAAGGUCAGAAGUGGAGCAAAAAUGUUCCCCAUAGAAUACUUCACCUUCCUGAAAAGCUGGAAGUCAACGCUGCGGAACAUAGGACUGCCCGAGGAUUGGGCUGUUCCCUACCAGUUAAGGCACUCCGGGGCUUUAUGGGAUCGGUUCAAAAAGUUCAGAACUCAGUUGGAGGUGAAAAUGAGAGGCAGAUGGGCUGCAGACAGCUCCAUGGCAAGAUACGAAAAGCAUGCAAUGCUAUCUCACCGGUUCGAGCAGCUCCCGGUGGGCCUGAGAAACGAAUGCCUGUGGGCUGUCAAGAACAUCAAGAAUCUGGUCCAAAAAAGUUUGGGGCGAUGA